GCGACGAUUCGGACGAAGAACUGUUCCUGGCAGAAGUGAGCAAUAAAGAGGCCGUGGAAACCUUCGCUAGUUUCCCAGGCAUCUACUUCAAGCAAUUGAAGCGUGCACAGCGGACAGUCCGAAAUCGUGGCGAUGACAUGAGCGUUGCCUGUGAGUUUGACCAUGCACACUCGCACUGCAGCAAGCAAGACAUGCAAGAUAUUGCCGGUGCAAUUCAGCUUAAGAUCGAUGGCUACAAAUGUAUGUGCGGUUGGCUCUAUGAUAAGAAGCAAUCCUGGGGAUGCAAGUGGUUCCAUGCCUGGUACAAGAAGGUGUUGAAGGCUUAUGAGCUCAACCACACGCUUAUCGUUGUGUACGACAAGCGAGCGCUGGAAAGUACUUGUGACUACUUGAAGAAGCACUUCAAGAGGUAUGCCGAGCUGGAUGCUGAGCACUUCAAAGAGUUCAAGUGGACCGCGGAUUACCCUGAACCACACAAGCACAUCAGGCGUCACAUGAGGCGCCUCAAAAAGCUUGCGGAAAGAGUGAGAGACUCCGAGGAGGACGGUGGUGAUGAUAGCGACGGAGACGUUUUGGAUGUGUCGGAUGAAGCCGGGGCCGAGCUUACAAUGCCUGGUGUUGGGCGGUCGCAAGUCGGGGAGAUCAUGUUCAUUCAGAAGCUACUCGGAGAAGACCCAAAUCGCGUUCAAUAUCGUGAUCUUGCAGGCGCCUUGAAGCCGUACCGCGCACCACCUGCCAAGUUCAGUGGCCGCGUCAUGGCCAACAGCAAGGACGAGACUAUCGUGAGCUUUCCCGGAGUUUAUGAGAAGGAAUGGCACAAGAUCACAAGCUCCGAGUCACGCAUUAGUGUGGCUUGUGUUUUCUAUCCAGACACCAAGAAACAUUGCCAAGAACGACACAUGGAAUGUUUCGAGCCGCUUAUCAACACCGAUGGCGAGUGCAUGUGCAAGUGGCUCUAUGGAAAGCAGGAGCCGUGGGGCUGCUACUGGUUCUAUCGCUGGUUCCGUCAGGUCGGCCGAGCCCUCCAGUGCGACCACAAGCUUGUCAUUGUCUAUGACAAGAAACACAUGAUAUCUGCGUGUGAGAAAAUUGGUGUUAAACCCAGCUGUGAUGAGUUUACAAGCACGGAGCAAACACCGCAUGACCAUCUUGCACGGUUCGAGACAGCAUGGAAUGCCAGCUUGACUUUCGUUGAUACGCUUUCUGAGUUAGUUCGAGGGCGGGGGGCGGGUGUGGGCGCAAAGUUGUUUGCACCGGGUUUCGGCCGCUCUCAGCUCGGUGAAGUCCAAUUCCUCAAAAAGAUGGAGCAAUCCGAGAAGUAUGGCAAGGACGACAGGGACGACAAGGUCGCCAAAGUCCGGCUCGAAUUCAGAGACAUCGAGAGUUUCAGAAACUCUGAGGCACCAUGA